GUCUCGCUCUCCCGGUCCAGUCCUGUCCAGGGUUCGGCCAGGUGCAGAGCAGAGGGUCCUCGUCGUCGACGACCUCCGCACCCUCGCGCGCCGGCGGUGACGACGACGACGUCCGUCUUCUCCCUAGCCGGGUCGGGCACCAGCGAUCUUCAUCGAAACACACACUGCAGGAUGCGCCGGUAGCGCGCGCGGACACCAACUAGACCUGCAAAGUCUCCCUGCAAGGCCACCCCCUCAGGACGAUGGGCGCGCUGGCGGGCGCGCGGGUCGCGGCGUUGGUGCUGCUGGCGGUGGCCUCCGCGGCCCGGGCCCAGGACGGGGCGGCGCCGGCGCGGCUCUUCCCGUCGCUGACCAUCUCGGCGCCCAACAGCCCGUCCAGGGCGUGCGCGCGGCAGAGCCGCCAGCUGGACAGGGCGCUGGCCAACAGGACGCUGUGGGCCAUGCACAUGCUGGACGCCUCCGCGCUGGGGUCGUCGGGCGCGCUGGCGGGCUCCGUGUUCCAGCUCGGCGACUACGACCAGUGCCUGUCGGCGGGCGCCCCCUGGCCCGCGCAGUACUGCCUGGCCGGCGUGCACUACGACGUGCCGCACACGGGCGCGCUGCCCCUCCACCACCAGGAGUACGCCGCCAACGGGUCCGUGUGGGACAAGGUCCACUACAACGGCGCCGAGAACCACAUGCGGCUGGACACGGUCACGUGGGGCUUGUGCGUGCCGUCCGGGUGCGACGCCGAGGACGUGCAGGGCGCCCUGGAGGCGCACCUGGCGGCCGCGCGCGACUCCCUGGCCAGGGCCUCCAACGUGUCGGUGGCCCACUGCACCGCGCCACUGCGCCGCAUCUACGAGGCGGACGCCCUGGAUGCCCUCUUCGGAGUGCUGGUGGGCGUGCUGGUGUCACUUGUGGCCGUGGGAACGCUGCUCGACCUGCAGGACCCGGACGUACCAAAGUUCGGCAAGGAGCAGGCCGCCCCCCUGGGCCUCGGGCGCCGCAUGCUGCUGUGCUUCUCGGCGCGCCGGUCGCUGCGCGCGCUGCUGGCGCCGGAGCCCCGGCCGGGCGGCCUCAACACGGAGCCCGUGUCGGGCGUGCGCUUCCUCAACAUGCUGCUGCUCGUGUGCGCGCACCGCGUGCUCAACGUGUUCCGCGGCCCCGUCCACAACCACCUGGCCGUGGCGACGCGCGCCGUCGAGGACCUGUCGCUCACGGGCGUCAUCCACGGCCAGCUGUUCGUGGACACGUGCUUCUACCUGGCCGGGCUGCUGCUCGCCCUGUACGAGCUCUACCGCCCCCAGCCGCAGGGCUUCGGCCGCUCGCUGCUACUGCGCUACAUCAGGUUGACGCCGACCUACGCCAUCAUCAUCCUCUUCUACGCGUCCGCCUUCUACAAGACGGGCUCCGGGCCGCUGUGGGACAUGAUGAUCGGCGUGGAGCGGGAGUCGUGCCGAAACUACUGGUGGACCAACCUGCUCUACAUCAACAACUACGUGCCGACGGACACACUGUGCGUGUUCCAGUCGUGGUCGCUGGCCGCCGACAUGCACUACUUCAUCUUCGGCAUGCUGCUGCUGUCGCUGGUGCGCCGGCGCUACCGCUGGGGGGUGGCCGCGUUGGCCGCGCUCUUCGCCGUGUCCGUCGCGGUGCCGCUGGCGCUCACCGCCCUGCAGCGUUGGCCGGCCAUGCUCAUGUUCACGCCGAGCUUCCUCAGGGACAUCCACCGCAGCCCCAUGUUCCGCCUGGUGUACUCCGCCUCGCACAACCGGGCCUCGCCGUACCUCAUGGGCAUCGGCGCCGCGCUCGUGCUCCACAAGCUGCAGCAGCGGCAGUUCCGCUUCUCGGCGAGGUGGACGUGGACUAUGGAGGUGGUCGCCGCCUCUGCCAUGAUGCCGGUGCUGUUCACCUCGGUCGUGUUCUACAACCCGGAGCACAAGUACGACGCCCUGGAGGCGGGCGUGUACGCCGCGACCGCUCCCAUCGCCUGGACAAUCGGCCUCGUCGCCGGGACCCUCAGCUCCUUGCUGGGCACAAAAUCCAUCGUGAGGCUCACGACUACGCCCAGGCCUUUCCUCGUUCUGAGCAAGCUCACCUACUGCGUCUAUCUGGUGCAUUGGAUCUACCAGAUGUCCUUCACGGCCACUCUACGUGCGCCCUACCAUCAGGAGGACUUUAAAAUGAUGCAGGAAUCUGCGGGCGAUAUUCUGAACUCGUUCGUCUUGGCCUUCGUGCUGCACCUUGCGGUCGAGGCCCCCACCAGGACGCUGGCCAAGCUUCUGCUCUCGCCACAGAAGGGCGGCUCUCAGCGGUACGCCAUGACGCGGAGCUCGGAGCAGCGGCCGUCCGUCGGCCCCGGGUCCGCUCCCCAGCACGUCCCGCGCGUCUCCGCGGACCCCAACGGGAACGUUGUCAAGACUGAAAACUAGAUCUCACACACCGCUGCAAGCGCGCAGUGCGCCGGCGCCGCGGCGGUAGGCAACCCAACGCACGCCUGUGCGACGAGGUGGGGCGCGGAGUUUAAUUUACUUUUACUUUCUUUGACUUGCGUGCAUAAGCUCGAGAAAGGAAACACAUAAAUGUGUUUAUGAUUUUUUGUGAUUUAUAUGCGGACGCUGAUUAGUUAAAUGGGUGCAAAUGUGUACCACGCAAGUUUAACCAGUUGCGUCAGUGAUCGUUCUCAGUACAAAAGUGGUGGUAGAGUUACCAAUUUGUGUUUUGUUUUUCUGUGUACAUUUUUUUUUUACAAUACAUUCUCGGUGUAGAAAGUGUAAACUGCUCUUGGGUGAUAUCUCAAAGCCAUUGCUGGUGCGUCAAGGCCCGGAGUGGUGCGCGGCAGCGCCAGGCCAGACAGCACUACAGUACAGCCACACACAGCCUCACCAUGACGAGGCGCGGCCGCGGCUCGCCGGCCCGCGGCUGGACGUGGCGUGGCGUGGUGGGCAGUGCGGGGCGGGGCGGGGUGGGGCUUAAGCCCGGAGGUUAUAUACGUGCGGCGAAAACUGAUUCACCAAACGACUACUACUUUCUUUUUCGCAGAGCUUACAAACUAAACGAUGAUAUUGUUUUCCGUAUGUUUCCGCCUCUGACAUGGGCAUGAUAUGAGUGUUUGCUCGACCAAAAACAUGAAAAAAUAACAUUAUUAAAAAAAUAAUCAGAUACAAAAUUUGUAUGCAGUUCUGUUUAACAUUUGCCUUGCAUACCCCCACGAAGAGGUGAGGAAUGAAACGCCGAGUUGUUGGGUUUAUUAAAUAUAUUUCGAUCCAUCCGGACACCCCCGGUAGCGCAAAUGCGCAUUGUACGCGCUUUUGUUUAGCAUUGAGUGCAUUGGUGCAUUUUGAAUGCUCCGCAAAGGCGCGUAACGUGAAAUGCAGAAUUUACGCGGUUUAAGUAGUGCGCGUAAAAUGCACCUUGUAUGCGCGUAAUAAAACAAAAGAAGAUUGCAAUCUGAAUGUGAAUUACAAUCACAAGUCUCGACAAUCGACAUUCGACAAGCGCAUACGCAUUCGAAGUAGGAGGGAGACGUGAAGUGUUUUCUCCAAGUUAUUUUCAAAUUUAAUGCAAACAAAUAAUUCAUAUUGAAAGUGCAUAGAAAGCCAUACGAUGUACUCUUCCUCUUACUUGCGGCGUAAGGCAUCUCAACAGGCUCAAAAGGAAGCUCAAGGGAAGAUUUUGCAUAGUUGACUUCCUGGACCUUGAGGAUGAAGGUGUGCUGCCCCAAACAGCUAUUGUGCCUCAGUCG